CAAGAAUCAAACCCAGGCGGUCUGACACGAGACACAGGUGUUAUAACUAAUGUCUUAAACAGUAGGCCACAGGCGCAUCCAUUCACUCACUCUUUUAAAAAGAUACUUGAUAAGCACCUAUAACAUGCCGAGCACUGAGGGAAAUGCAGAAAUGCAUCGAGGUCUUGCUGGCUAGGCAGCCUGUGAAGACCAGGAACGCCCUACAGAAAACCUGCUGAGGAUGAUGAGGGAAGAGUGGGCAUGCUGAGGACAGAAGGGGGGCUUCUCACUCUGCCUGAGGUCAGGAAGCCCUGAGGGAAGAGUGGGGCAGCACCCUGGUGGAGGAACAAGUAGAAUGCAUGGAAGUGUGAAAGGCCAGUUCUGAGAAGAGGUAGUUCUGGCUCGGGACGGCCGGAGAACAGGAUGGACGUGGGCGGCCCGUCUGCAGAAGCAGAAGCACCUUGCAUGCUAAGCUGAAAGUCUUCAUCCCCGGGGCCACAGAUCACAAAAGAAUUGAGAGCAGAGAAGCGACUUGAUUGGAAUUGCAACUAGGAGGGCUGUCUGUGGCUGUGAGGACAGAGAGCAGCAGGUGCGACUGCUGCCGAAGGCCAGGCGAGAGUCAAUGAGGAGAACGUGGGCUGGUGUGGGCUGCUCGUCACCACGCAUUAGCCAACCACGUGCAUGUGAAAGAGGCUGACUUACAAGAAUCUGCUCCUCAAAGCCCAGCUAAGUCCAUGGCCAACUUCCACUUCCCUCCGGAUGCUUUCACUUCUGAGGCGUCUCGUUCUGAGUCAAGAUUCCUCCUCCUGAACAUGGGACUUUCCAGGAGGAUCACAGCUCCUUCGGUGCCUCCACUCGGCCUGGGAUGUGCAGGAUCUGUGCUGUCGGGGGAGCAUGCCAGCUCCUCUGGAGAAGGACGGCCAUGUGUUCCCUGUGGAGCCUUCUUCUCUGGGAAGCACUCCUGCCCACAGCAGCUACUGGCGCCCAGGUGUUGAGCAUGGUCGGUAGCUCGGCGCUGCUGGCGGCCCAGCAUCCCCCUGGCUUCCAAGUCCGAGAGGCCAUCUGGAGAUGUUUCUGGCCUUCAGAGGAGCUCCUGGCCACAUUCUUCCGAGGCUCCCUGGAGACUCUGUACCACUCCCGCUUCCUGGGCCGAGCCCAGCUGCACACCAACCUCAGCCUGGAGCUCGGGCCACUAGAAUCUGGAGACAGCGGCAACUUCUCUGUGCUGAUGGUAGACAUGGGAGGUCGGACCUUAACCCAGACCUUACAGCUCAAGGUAUACGAUGUAGUGCCCAGGCCGGUGAUACAAGUGUUCACCGCGGUAGCAGAGGAAGCUCAAUUCCCCAAAGCCUGCCAGGUCUUCCUGUCCUGCUGGGCCUCCAACAUCAGUGACAUAACCUACAGCUGGCGACGGGAUGGGACAGCAGACUCCGGUGUCGAACCACACAGCCUGUUCGUGGACGGACAGGUGCUGAGCAUUUCCCUGGGACCAGGAGACAGGGACGUGGCCUACUCCUGCAUUGUCUCCAACCCUGUCAGCUGGAACUUGGCCACAGUCACCCCCUGGGAGAGCUGCCAUCAUGAGGCAGCACCAGGAAACACCUCCUACAAAGAUGUGCUAUUGGUGGUGGUGCCAGUCUCACUGCUCCUGAUCCUCGUUGGUCUCUUCUUUGCCUGGCAGUGUGGCCGCUGCUCAGGGAAAAAGAAAAAGGACGUCUGUGCUGAGGGAACGACUCCAGAAGCAGAGAGCCCUCUUGUGUAAGAUCUGCCAUGGAGAAUGGUGAAAUCUGACACCUGGACCACCAGGAACCCCGCUGCCCAUGCACAGGACGCUCUAGGACAGGGCAGGUGCUUGGAAGCCACCAUGGACCUCAUACCUCCCAUGUCACUCCACCCUGCCUCCCAGGAGCAGUGCAGGGAGCUGUCAUGACGGGUGACAAAAAGCACUGGCAUGGGACGGGUAUUGUGGCAUAGCAGGUUAAGCUGCUACCUGGGAAACUCAUAUUCUGUAUCCACGUGCCCGUUUCAAGCCCAGCUACUCCACUUCUGAUUCAGCUCUCUGCUAAUGCACCUGAGAAGCAGCAGAUGAUGACUAAAGUGCCUGAGCUCUUGCCUCCCAUGCGGGGAAUGCAGAUGGAGUUCCAGGCUCCUGACUUCAGCCUGGCUCAGCCCCAGCUGUUGUGGCGUUUUGGGAAGUGAACCAGUAAAAGGAAGAUUCUCUCUCUCUCUCUCUCUCUCUCUCUCUCUCUCUCUCUCUCUCGGUGUGUGUGUGUGUGAUUCUGCUAUUCUACCUUUCAAACAAACAAAUAAAUCUUUAAAAAUAAAUAAAAUCACUGCCACAACCCACCAUACAUCCCCUUCUUUCUCCUCACUUUUCAUGUCCUGGCUCUACUCUGGACAAGAUAGGACUAACGAAGUGUUCUCCAAAGGACACUGGAAGUUCUCAAGGACCCACAGGGACUCUGACUGUCUAAUGCACUCAUUCUCCACCGCUGUUUAUAAAUUAUUAACCAUGGAGCUGCUGUAGUGUCAUAGCGGGUAAAGCUGGCACCUGUGACAUGGGCAUCCUAUGUGGGCACGGGUUCUUGUCCUGGCUGCUCCACUUCUGAUCCAGCUCCCUGCUAACAGCCUGGGAAAUGCAGUAGAAGAUGGCCCAAAUGCUUAAGGCCCCUGCCACCCCCAUGGGAGACCCAAAUGAAGCUCCUGGCUCCUGGCCCAGCCCUGACCAUGGCAACCAUCUGGGGAGUGAGCCAGCAGAUAAACUAUCUCUCUCCCUUUCUCUCUUUUUCUCUCUCUCCUUCUCCAUGACUUUCAAAUAAAUAAAUCUUUUAAAAAUUA